AUGGAUCCUUUAUAUGAUAGAUUAUUGAAGAAACCAUUCCCGGACAGUGUCACUGCUAUUGAAUAUUGCCGUAGUGUAUGCGCUGAAUUUGGCUUCACAGUAAAGCAAGAAGCUAGUGCCAACAGGAAUAUCUACGUUUAUUGUUCUCGAGAAGGCUUACCUGACUCGCAGCGAAAUCCUAAACCAUCUCCUCAACGUAAGCGACCAUCAAAACGUUGCGAUUGUCGUUGGCGUGUUGUUCUAUCUGAAAACGAGCACGAAGAGUGGGAGUUUCGAAAAUCAAUGAACCCCAACGCAUCCGAACACAACCAUGAGAUGAUGUCGCCCGAUGAAAUGGUCAAAGCUUGGCCCUCAGAAGUCAACGAGAUGAUAAUUCAACUAGCUAGACAACGACUACAAACUCAUGAAAUUCGUGAGGCUGUUAAGCAGCAAUUUCCUGAUAUCACUUGGAAUGAACGCCGUUUCUACAACCGUUUGACAGAAGAGCGUAAACGCAUUCGUCAACGUGGAGUUAUCGAACGUUCUCAAAGACUAUUGUUACUUUCAGCCCGUUUAUGUUCAGUCAUCGCGAAUCAUGAAGACUGGACAGUGUCAGUUGAAACAGACUUGAAGCGCAUGUUUGAGAAUUUCUGUCAAUUGGCACGUUUAACACCAGAAGCUAUCAAGAAGAUUCAAUUAGAAACAGACCGCUUAAUCUCCAGCACGCACGGUUUGACCAUUAAUAGUGAUACUGAUGAUGAUGAAUUGACUGGAUCACCCUCGAAGAAACGCAAAUCAACAACUAAGAAUGAUGCUUCUUCUGUUGCCACCAGCAAAUCCGAUAACAGCAAUAGUAGUAAAACCAACAGUCCUGAACCACAAAAAGGUAUUCAAAUGGUUCACGUUCCCAGCUACACUAUCGGAAUACGCUCUUUUUCGCAUAGAUCAAACAAUUCGCGUUACGUGUAUCCUGAAUCUCCCUAUCUUGAGCAAGCAUUAACCCACCAACAGCAGCAAUCGUUUAAUCCAAACGCAACUUUUUUCCCGCUUGCCUCCCCUACCUCCUCAGCCUCAUCAUCGUCUUCAAUACCAUUCGCCCAACGUAUGACAUCAAAUUCAAUGGCAUCAACUACCUCUCCUGCUGAUUUUAUGGUAACGCAGUCCUAUCAAGCCACAACUCAACCGCAUCUAUUAUCUCAGUGCACUCCCGACAAUCAUGAUUAUACUAACAUAUCCACGACUAACAGCCAUAUCAAUAAUAUGAUGCUGGGUACUACUAGCACGGCCAACACGAAUACAACUUCUCACACAACAGCAGGAGGGGUCACUUAUAGUAUGGCCAACACUUUUCCUCAUUAUACUAUGCCUGAUUCAGCAACAUUUGCAACCAGUACGCCAGCUGAUGUACCCUUUUCAUUUGAGCCUAUUAUCCGUACCAGUCAUCACCGCUCCUCACUUACUCAUCAUACUCAAAAUGAUGCUUUCUUUAACAACUCUGCUGUUGUCGCUGUCAAAGAUGAAUUGAGCUCCCAACAACAACAACAACAACAACAACAACAACAGCAGCAGCAACAACAACAACAACAACAACCAGAUUAUGGUUUAAGCACUCGAACAGGUUUUCAUUCACAAGCACAGCAAAAUUAUUCGCUACCUAUGAUCAGAUCAAACGAAGAGACAGCAACUCCGUGGUCCUAA